AUGUCUUCCACAGAUGCAUCGACAUCUAGCCGAGAAGAAGAUGCGGCAGCGGAGCAACCAGCGGUUUUUGAACCGUCUGAUUUAGAAGAGCGAUUGCGAGAAAGGCUUCGUUUACCGGAAAAUCCGCCUAAAACAUCUCAGGAGAGUAUUCCUCUCCCUGAUCCUAGGGUUAAUAUAUCAUUCUUUGUCCCGAUGUACUUGCUGCAUCCUCUUCCAAAUUCAUUACAGAUUUUGGACGAUCUCGAAGUUCAUGCGAAAGAGGUUUCUGCCAAUUUAGAUAUGGUGCUGCGCGAUCUCAGAGGUUCUCUUCACGGAAUGGGAGAUCUGACGUUGGAGUCCAUUCAGUGCUACAACAUUGCUAUAGCGAAUGCUUGUGAUGUUGCUGACGUAAACGUGAAGUCUACCUACGCUGUAAGUCGAAUAUGUAUCCAUUCGUUUGCGGAAAUAUAUUCCCUCACUCACCCAGCAUUCGUGAUAGUGUAA